AUGGCCUUCGCGUCCAUGGGGCCAGAGGCCUCGUUCUUCGAGGCCGUGAACCAGCACCGGGCCUCCCUGCUGGCCGCCCAGAGGCGAGGCGGAGGGCCGGCGGGCGCGCCCCAGGGCCCGGCCCCCAGUUCUGAGGUUCUUGCAUCUAUAGAAAAUACUAUCCAAGACAUAGUAAAAAGCUUGGCGAGAAACGAAGCACCUGCAUUCACAAUAGACAGCAGAUCAAGCUGGGAAAAUAUAAAGUUUGAAGAUUCUGUGGGACUUCAGAUGGUAUCUAAUUGUGCCAUGAGAAAAAUCAGAAGUGAUUCAACAAAAUCAGUGAAAAAGUUUGCUCUAAUUCUUAAAAUAUUAUCCAUGAUUUAUAAAUUGGUACAGAGCAACACUUAUGCGACCAAAAGAGACAUAUAUUAUACAGACAGCCAACUCUUUGGUAAUCAAACCGUUGUGGACAAUAUUAUCAAUGACAUUUCCUGCAUGUUGAAAUUGCCAAGGAGGAGUCUACAUAUAUUAUCUACAUCAAAAGGUUUGAUUGCCGGCAAUCUGAGGUACAUGGAGGAAGAUGGCACCAAAGUGAAUUGUACCUGUGGUGCAACUGCUGUAGCUGUGCCAUCUAAUAUUCAAGGAAUUCAGAACUUAAUCACAGAUGCGAAAUUUCUAUUAAUUGUAGAAAAAGAUGCAACAUUUCAACGUCUCCUAGAUGAUAGCUUUUGCCACAAAAUGUCUCCCUGCAUCAUGGUGACGGGAAAGGGAGUACCUGAUCUGAACACGAGACUUUUAGUCAGGAAGCUGUGGGAUACAUUUCAGAUUCCCAUUUUCACUCUGGUAGAUGCUGAUCCACAUGGCAUAGAAAUAAUGUGUAUUUACAAGUAUGGAUCUAUGUCUAUGUCCUUCGAAGCCCACAGUCUCACCGUUCCAGCUGUAAGGUGGCUUGGUCUCCUCCCUUCCGAUGUUAAAAGGUUAAAUAUAUCUAAAGAUACUUUGAUUCCGCUGACAAAACAGGACCAAAUGAAACUUGACAGCAUCCUGAAGAGACCUUAUGUUAGCUGCCAGCCUUUGUGGAGACAAGAAAUGGAACUAAUGGCUGAGAGUAAAAUGAAGGCGGAAAUCCAAGCCUUGACCUCCCUGUCAUCAGAUUAUCUUUCCAGAGUAUACUUACCUAACAAAUUAAAAUUUGGAGGAUGGAUAUGAAAAUAUAUCCAAACGACGUGGGCUUGCAGGAAGCUUUUCAUUCACUUUUGUCUUCAGUGGUGAUAC